CUCAAUAAAUACGGAAGAAUCGAGCUAAACUGCUAAAAACGAAAAAAUAAAGGUUUUUCACCUCUCGUACAGGAUAUUCAUUCAAUUUUGGAAAAUGUAAGUAUGUAUUACACUAAAAACAGUAUGAGAAAUGCAGCGUCCAGUUCCUUCUAGCGUCUGACUAACCAGGAAGACGUUACAGAUUGGUCACUGCAACCGCUCUGGUACAACUGCUGCCGCCACAGAACCAUUUAUUUAAACUUCUGUAUCAGUAGGUACUGAUAAUGCCACCUAUUGUUUACUCUGGCAUUAGGUACUGAUAAUGCCACCCAUUUGUUGCUUCAAUGAGAAACCAUUGAAGCAACAAUGCAACAAUAUCGUGAACCAGCCUAAGAAAAUGGUGAUCUGUCUGUCUGUGUGUGGCCUACUUCAUUCCCAAAUACAACUCCCAAGGAAUCCCUCCACAAAGUCGCUUUCCAAAACUAAGCUUUUUCAUUGUAUAUUCAAAUCUAAACAUUGAAGGACAAAAGAACAAAUGUUUUGCCAGUGAAUUAUUUGUCAUUUCACUUUGGUUUACGGUAAGGAAGAGAAUUUUAUCUAGACAGAAAACCAACAGGUCUGGGCAGUUUUUCAGAAACUAGGUGAAGUGCUAAAAAGCAGUGAAUGACUGGAAAGCAUAACAAGCAUGAGAGGGCCUGAGAUGGGAGGAGAAAACACCAUGGACACAGGGUAAGAGAGAGGAAAUAAUCGGAAUCAAAGGAGAUCCUUCACAGCAGGAGGAACAGAUAAGCAGAAUGAGGAAACCGGAUAACAACUGAAGCCACAACAGUAGAGAUGGCUGAGGAAGGGCAGGCACCUAACGGCAUCUCUUUGAUUCAGUCCAUGCUGAACAGACUGAAGGUUAAUGAGAGGGUCCAGCGUUCAGCCCUACACAUAUCUCUGCACAACAGCCUCUCAAAGGACAUGGAUGAGAAUGCAGAGAACAGUAGGAUAGAUGGAUCACUCUCAGAGCAGCCCAGGAAGUCAAAUAUGUAUUUUAGGCAAGCACAAGCAACUCCAGAACAAGAAGCUGCACUAUUAGCCAUGGACUAUAACAGUACAAGCUCCAAAAUGCAAAAACAGGUUACGUCUGAGGAGGAAACGGAGCCACCAGCUAACCCACCACCAGAGCCACAGCAUAGCCCACUGCCCUCUCCUAAAGAGGAGAGUCCCACUACAGUGCAAGUCAGCUUCCAAAGGACGUUCACACUUCAAGAUUUUACACUGACCCUUGAGCCCAUCAAUUUAUUGGAGGAGGUCCUUAUAGGAGAAGAAUGGUCAAGAUUCCUUCCUGUCAAAAGUGGCCCACCCCAAGGAGAAGCCAACAACCAAUCACAAAUGGAGAAAACCAUAAACGUAUUGGAAGAGGCCCUUAUAGGAGAAAACUGUGCAAGCUUUCUGCCAGUCAAAGACAGGCCAAUAGUAAUAGAGAAUGACUACUCACAAAGAGUGAAUACUAGUCACUUCAGUAAAGAUAGCCAAUCUCAGAACUUAGUCAUAACGCAAGACAAAUCAACAGACAAAGAACAGUCAGUCAGCAGUCAGUCAGAAAAAGGUCAGGUACUAAUAAUAAAUAGUGGAAUAAAACAUAAGAAACCUGAAGUGCCAGAAAAUGAACACCUUAUGGAUGAUCAUGAAUAUGCGGUUGUGGAUGUGUUAAUACAGCCUAAUAGUAAACAAAACAAGCGAAAUUCAAAGGAUUUUUUACAGCUUGACUUGUCUGCAGUCAAGUCAAGGGGAGUAUUGGACAAUUCUGCAUUAAAGAGUCGAAUCUACUUGAGCAAAAAGAGGAAGCAUCGACCACCAAAACUGAGAAGAAAAGGAAAGGCAGAAGCAGCACAAAAUUUCAAAACCAUAGACAGUUUGAGUGACUCUACAACCUCAUCCCCACUUGAGUUUACGCGGACAUCUGCGGUCUUUGCCUCCUCUAUAUUUUACAGUUUGCCACAUUCCUCAUUGUUCCCUGACUCAGAGGUCUCCCUAACACCUGCCCUCGGUGAUAAGCAAAAGGCAAAAGAGAGAGGCAGGAAAGCAAAGAUUUGGAAUCUGAAAGCCUAAUUCAGUUCUGGAGAACGUCACAAAAACAUGGACACUGGUGAUUUGCAUAGGAUCUGGAGGAGAAUUCAGACAUUCAAACAGAGAAUUACAGAUAUAAAUACCCCCC